UACGCUGUCUCAUAGGGAGUAGAUUCGCUUCGUUGGUCCGGGAGAUCCGUUCGGGUCUUAGAAGGAAAAGUUUUUCAGAACCUGAAAUGGUACUGUGAAAAUGGCGCACGCAGCCAAGUUUCUCCGUCCAAUUAGACAAUCUCUCACUCUUAUGACCUCGUCUUGUCCACCAAUCUCUCAGUGGAGAAAACUCUACUAUGCCAGGUUUGAACCUUUAAAGACGUUGAUAAAGGGCCUUGAACCUGUUCUACGCAACCGUGCCUCAGCAUUUCAGCAUAAAUUAAUUACACAGAGAAGAUAUUUUUGGUUUUCAGGAUGUAAACCAAGUGUUGGAAGCCUAUUUGGUGCAUCAGUUGUGCUAGGGUCAAAAAUCUGUUGGCCUCAUGUUGCUUAUGCUAUGGAUGGUCUUGAUAUCUUGAUGGAUGAUCACCGCUUGCUGGAUACUUCAGAUGAGGAAGAAGAUCCGCUGGCCUUCUGGAUGUUUGCCCGGAAAUUCUGGCUACCUGUUUUUUUCUUUCUUUUUGUGUUGACAAACUUGGAUCACCCUAUUGCAUUAAUUGCAAUUAAAAUCAUUUUAUUACUCCUCAGCACAAAGCCCAGUCCUCUUUCAGUCUACGUUUCUGUUGAUCAGUUAUGUCAUCAAUCUAUGCGCCAAACACCUCACUUUUACAAAGCAAAGUCAUUGUAUGCAAAAAAAGUUGAAGUCCAAGACUACAAGUUCCUCUGCAUUGCUAGAGUUGAACUGAAAGAAGAAAAGUUCACUUUGGUUGGAAUUCUAGGUGGUUGGUGGACUUUGCCGAGACUAUUUUCUCUGGAGGCUUUUUCCGUGGUUAGGAAUGGAGCUUUUAACCAUUAUUGGAAAAACAACUGAAGAGGCUAAUCAACUGUAGUUAACUUUAGCUGCUUCUCGACUGAAAUGCUAAUGCUUGCAUAGUCCCAUCCAAUGAAGGCCGGCAGGUAUCUUCUAGGCAACUUUUGAUGAAAGAAACAAAACUGCGAUCGCUCUAUACAUGAAUGGAAACAUUCAUUUAGGUCCUUCGUUUUUAAAAUUUUAAUAUGAGUAAGGUCCUUGGCUUUGGAUCAACGAUAUCCUUUGCACCUUUUAUGAACGACUGUUUGUGGAUCAUCAUCAUCAUUAUAAUUGUUA